AAUGGUUUCAAAGAUCCCCAAGUAUCAACGAUUCAGGGAUCCAUUUGCUGAAGAUCCUGUGCCAAAGGCAUUUUACCAUCCCACUCAGCAAAGGGACCUGUCACCAUCACAAAAACGGACUGCGCUGAGUCCAGUCCGUGGUCCAAACAAGGGAGAUAGUGAUAGGGCAAAGCUGACAGUUCCAGACAAACAGUUUUUAAAAGGGGCAAAUACUCUGUCCAGUGAGACGCCUCCAAGACUAGGUCAAGAUGUUUCACCAAAAUUUGAUGAGUCCUGGCCUAGCAGUGAACAUCAGUCCACUGUAAGCUUGCUUGGUGUGGAUAAUCAGAGUCCAGAAACAACAGAUUUAUCCGGGAAGUAUUCCUCCUACAUCGACCGAUUCUCUGACCUGAAGCAGACAUUGCAGUUUUCAGAAAAUGAUAGCACAUUGGUCAGCAGAAAGCAUAAAGCCAUGGACACACAACAUACCACAAAAGAGAGUGACCCAUCAGCUCCAACAUCAGUGCUUAGCAGGUACAUUGAAAGAUUUCGACAGGGCCAUCCAAUGAGUCGGGAAGAACGUAAGAAAUCGUCCAAACCUGGGGACUUUUGGUGGCUGGAUCAGGAAGGCAAGGGGAAGUCACCCUCAGACAGCUCUACUCCUAGAGAAGUUUAUGACACACACAGAGCGAAGACACAACGACUUACGGAAGAGUCACUGGCCAGUCUGUCUCAGUCCAGAAAAAACAAAUAUGUGGACCCAAGUAAAUCUCGACAUGUUCCACCAUCACCCUCUGAAGAACGCAUCAGGAAACUCCAAGAGAAAGCUGACAGAUUUCUGGAAAAAAGUGUGAGUAGUCUGGCAACCACAGAUCAAGACUUCGAGGUCAGCACAGAGGGACUUGGAAGCUCUGUAGGAGAGACAACACAAAUCAGCUUAGAAGAACUGCCAUAUCGACCGAAAUUUGUUAAAGAUUUAAGCAAAGAAAAUGUUGCUCCACGGCUAAAUCUCGGAGUUCCAAUUUCCAUGGUUACUAAGCCAACAUGUCCAGAGCAAGACAUCCUUUAUCAAUGGCGAUUGAAGCGUAAAAUGGAACAGGCAAGGGAGAGAACUGCUAAUGUUAAAGACACCUCUGCUCCGAGUACAUUUGUGCCAAAAUCACAGACAAUGGGCGAUGUGGAAAAAAAGUUGGAAGAAUUUAAGCAGAGAUUGUCAGAAGGGAAACUUGGAGUACCUGUAACCCCUCAAAUGACAAAUGGUAUAGUCAGCUUCACUCCAGCGCCAAGCCUUCCUCACCAUUCUGAUGGAAAGGAAGAUACAAGUGCACCUAGAAACUUUCAAGGGAGACCUGAUGUGGGAUUAACCAAGGGCGAUUCCAGCAAUUCUGGGACGUAUCCCCCCAUUGCAAGUCCCACCCUCAAAAGGAAAGUCAAAAAGGGGGAGGAUGUUGAGCCUCAUCUUCAUCUUAUGUGUGAUUUACUACCUUGUCCCCACCAAUCAGAAUUCUCUAAACGGUACGGAGAAGUUCCAGUUAAUGUUGCCUCUGCAGAAAAUGUGAAAGAAUCGGAAAGUGAGACUUAUAAAUAUCUGGAGGCAGAGAGACCGGAUAUAGAAGAGUCGAUUUCUGAUCACAAGUAUGAUCAGAGUGAUGAUUCAGGUCACAUGGGCACCAGCUCUGAGGUCAGAGGUCAGAGCAGAGAGGUUAAGCGGAGAAUAAAAUAUGAUGGUGAUAUCAAUACUGAAAAUGAAAUAGCUGAUCAGGGUCCAAAAAGGAAGGACAAAGCACCUGAUGAAGCUACGAGUUUCUCACAAAGGGAUGAUGAUUCAUUAUCAGAUCACAACAAUGUGCCUUAUCAGCAAAAGAAGCAUACCUUUAGAGAAGCGUCCGUCAGAAAUAAAGAGGAUUUAUUGUCAAAAGAAGAACAUCAGGAAAUGAAGGAGAGAAAAGAAGAAAAGAAAAAGGGCAGAGAAGUCCGAGAGAGAUCUCGACAGAAAGGAAGAAAGGAAAAAGAGGAUGUAAAGAGUGUUCCUGUUCUCCGACAGUCACAAAGUCCGAGGCCACAGGCAGGACGGAAGAAAGUCCCACAUGUAGAAUCCACUAUCGGGCAGGUGAUAAAAGACCGAUUGUUUGAUCUGUCCACAAGCUCUGUCAUCUCCAGUGUUGACAGCAUGCCCACCUUCAUGUCUCCUUCAACGUCAUUGGACCAGACCAUGUUGGAGGCGCAACCUCCCCAGGGCAGGCUUCCACAGACUCAGGUGUCUACCCCAGAAACCACAGAGUCUCAGCCACACCCUCGAGUCAGCCAGAAUGAAGAUGAAGAAUCUGAUGGUGAAUUCCCUGACGACCAGCUGCUGACCAUGUUACGUCGUCAGAGGACACAAUAUGAGGAACAAUUACGGGUUAUUGAUGAGAAACUAAACACUAUAGCAAGGAAUGGAAAUGGAGACUCAGGCAGAUGACAGGAACCAAUACUGUCGGAGGACACUACUAAAUUGGAGACUCAGACAGAUGACAGGAACCAACACUGACAGAGCACACUACACUCUAUACAUUAUAUGAAUAUUGAAUGAAUGCUUCUGUUUGUCUUGACGAUGAAUCACCUAAAUUCUUGUACUGUCAGAAAAAGAAAUUUUAUUAAAUGCCUUCUGUAUUACACUCAUUUUUCUAUCGUUCAGUAAAGAGAAAACAAUAUAUUCGGGUCAAUUUCAAGUGUUGUGUUUGUUACACCAGUGACGUAGACGAUUUGGAUCUGACAU